AUGCAAACAAAACAAUUGAAGCUCGAUUGGGCCGAUGAUGUCAUUGAAGCCGUUGCAUCAGGAGAGCUUCUUGACAUCAAAACAACGAAUAUUGUAGAGAGGGAACCAAUCAAGAAGGCUACCCGAAGAUGCCAACUGAACACCAUUUUGCAGAAACAGGUCACUAUUGAUCCCAAGUUGGGCUCACGUUGGACUUCGCGAGGAGGCUUUGAACAGGUUGGACGUCCGGAAUAUGAUUCAGAGCUUGAAAAUGGGUUGAAAGAGACCGAGAGUGAACAAUCUUGGUUAGAGAGUGUGAUGCCUCAGGACAAUAGAACGCCCGGAGACAAGGUCCAACAGGAGGCCAAUGAUGAUGCACUUCGUCUCGGGCUGCAGAAUAUCGAGAGGCUACGCGAGUCUCUGGAGGUCAGGUCGCCUGCUGUCGUACAAGAAAGCCGUCUCAGGUCCCAUUUUCCACAACGUGUCUUUGGACAUGUCGAAAAAGGAAGCAGCUCAAAGUUAAAGGGUCGAAGAGCGGUUGAAUAUAAUGAUCUGUGGGUCGAAACAGCUUCGAACAAAUCAAAGCGCAGCUUAUGGGAUCUGGGCAUCACAAUUGAUGAAAUACUCAUCACUGUUGGGGAGAUCAAUCUCUUGGAUGACAAGCGACUUGGAAAGCAUAGAUGUCGGCCGAGUCUUUUGAGAAUAUCUUGGACUUGGUCUCUUUGA